CAUUCCCCACCCGCAGGAGAGAGGCCAUGGCAGCCGUGUUCCUGCCCGGCAACCUCCAGGACGAGGCCACUUGCUCCGUGUGCCUGGAGUUCUUCAAGGACCCCGUGUCCAUCGAGUGCGGCCACAACUUCUGCCGGGCGUGCAUCGUCAAGAGCUGGCAGGAGCUGGAGAUGGAUUUCCCGUGCCCGCAGUGCCGGGAGGUUUUCCAGCAGCGGAGUUUCCGCCCCAACCGGCAGCUGGCGAACAUGUCCGAGAUCAUCAGCCAGUUCGCGCUGCGCGGGGCCAAGGGCGCCGAGGAGGACGGGCUGUGCCCCAAGCACCGCGAGGCGCUCAAGCUCUACUGCAAGGACGACCGCAGGACCAUCUGCGUGGUGUGCGACAGGUCCCGCGAGCACCGGCCCCACGCCGUGGUGCCGGUGGACGAGGCUUCCGAGGAGUACAAGGAGAAAAUCCAGGGCCGCUUGGAUUUCCUGAGGAAGGAGCGGCAGGAGCUGCUGGAGUUCAAAGUGAACGACGAUAAGAAAACGCAGGAGCUGCUGAAAACCAUCGAGAGCGAGCGGCAGAAGCUGCUCUCGGACUUCGAGCGGCUGCGGCAGUUCCUGCACGACCAGGAGCACAUCCUGCUGGGGCAGCUGGAGAAGAUGGAGAAGAACAUCUCCAAGAGGCAGAACGAGAACAUCACCGACCUCUCCAAGGAGAUCACGCUGCUCAACAAGCUCAUCACCGAGCUGGAGGAGAAAAUCCAGCAGCCCAUGCUUGAGUUCCUCAAGGAUGUGACGGCCACCAUAAGCAGGAGCGAUGACGUGAAGUGCCACAAGCCCGUCCCCGUCUGCACCGACAUGAAGAUGCACGUCUGCAACUUCUCCCUCAAAACUGUCGUCCUUGAGAAGGUCCUGAAGAAAUUCCGAGAUCACCUGCAGGAAGAGCUGGGACGAGGUGAAAAAGAGGAGCUGACCCUGGACCCCGACUCUGCCAACCACCUGCUGAUCCUCUCCGCUGACCUCAAGAGCGUCCGCAUGGGCUGCCGGAAGCAGGAGCUGCCCGACAACCCCAAGCGCUUCGACACCAACUCGCGGGUCUUGGCCACCAGGGGCUUCGAGUCCGGGCGCCACUACUGGGAGGUGGAGGUGGGGCCGUCGGACGGCUGGGCUUUCGGCGUGGCCAGGGAGUCGGUGCGCAGGAAGGGGCUGACCCAGUUCUCCCCCGACGAGGGCAUCUGGGCCGUGCAGCAGAACGGGGGCCGCUACUGGGCCGUCACCUCCCCGCAGCGCACGCCCCUGUGCCUGGGCCACAAGCUCAGCCGGGUCCGGGUCUACCUGGACUACGAGGGCGAGGAGGUUUCCUUCUACGACGCCGAGAGCAUGCAGCACAUCUUCACCUUCAACGUGGCCUUCCGGGAGAAGGUGUUCCCCCUCUUCUCGGUCUGUUCCACUGUCACCUACAUCAAACUGUGCCCCUGAGGCGCCUGGCCCCUGCCUGAGCCCAAAAGACUCAAAGACUCGGCCUGGCUUGGUGGGAGAUGGGCCGGGGGCUCAGGAGAGCACGGCGGGAGGGUCCUGGGGCAGGUGGAAGCAGAGAUGUCCAGCGGUGCCCAGCAGUCGUGGCUGCCAGAUUAAAGGAAGGUGGUGGCCACCAACUCAAAGGCCAC